UCGCUAAAUUUACAUUCGCACUCGCUAAAUUAAGGGGGGGUGGUGGAAAUUUAGCGAGUGCGAAUGCAAAUUUAGCGAGUGCGAAUGCAAAUUUAGCGAGUGCGAAUGCAAAUUUAGCGAGUGCGAAUGCAAAUUUAGCGAGUGCGAAUGCAAAUUUAGCGAGUGCGAAUGCAAAUUUAGCGAGUGCGAAUGUAAAUUUAGCGAGUGCGAAUGUAAAUUUAGCGAGUGCGAAUGCAAAUUUAGCGAGUGCGAAUGUAAAUUUAGCGAGUGCGAAUGCAAAUUUAGCGAGUGCGAAUGCAAAUUUAGCGAGUGCGAAUGUAAAUUUAGCGAGUGCGAAUGCAAAUUUAGCGAGUGCGAAUGCAAAUUUAGCGAGUGCGAAUUGA